UGCCUGCAUUGCCUGCAUUGAUGUACUCUGAUUACCGGGACAUCUGAUGUCUUUGCAUUACUAGAAACAGGAUCUCAGAUCUACUAACACAGCUCUGCUUGACCGAGACGUGUUCCUCUGUCGUAUUCUACUCCUCUGAGGUGGAUUAACUUCAUCCGUAGCUCUUUUUUUUCUACUUUGUUGUCGCAUGAAAACCAUGACCAUGUUGCGCCGAAAAAGUUACAUUUUCCUGGGCAACGUUCUUUCUGUGAAAUCGGAAACGGAGGAGCAAAAGGAAGAGCAGCCGCUGAGCAGUCAUGACGAGUAUCUACAGGUGCUGCUGCAGAUGAGGAUGACGAGUGCCGAUCAGUUUGACAACUUGGAGAAGCACACACAGUGGGGGAUUGAGUUUGCGGAGAAGUACACCAAAUUUGUCAAGGAGAGAUCGGAGAUCGAAACCAACUAUGCAAAACAAAUUAGGAAUUUAUCAAAGAAGUAUCAACCGAAGAAGAACUCACGAGAAGAGGAAGACAGCAAGUACACCUACUGCCGAGCCUUCCUGACAUCACUUAAUGAGUUAAACGACUACGCAGGUCAACACGAGGUCAUAGCGGAGAACCUGACGUCUCAAAUCAUCACUGAGCUUUCGCGCUACCUGCAGGACAUCAAGGCCGAGAGGAAAUCGUAUUUCCACGAUGGGCGUAAGGCACAGCAGCACAUUGAGACCUCGUGGAAACAGCUGGAAUCGAGUAAAAGAAGGUUUGAGAGGGACUGUAAAGAGGCCGACAGAGCACAGCAAUACUUUGAGAAGAUGGAUGCUGACAUCAACGUGACUAAGGCUGACGUGGAGAAGCGAAGUUCCCACAAGGCACGACAGCAAGCUCAGAUGAGGCACCAGAUGGCCUCCGACAGUAAGAGCGAUUACUCCUCCUACCUGCAAAAGUUCAACCAGGAGCAGAAUGAGCAUUACUUUACAGUCAUCCCCAACAUAUUCCAGAAACUUCAAGACAUGGAGGAGAAAAGAAUCGACAGGAUAGGAGUGUGCAUGAAGACGUUUGCAGACGUGGAUCGCCAAGUGCUGCCCAUCGUGGGGAAAUGUUUAGACGGCAUGACGAAAGCUGCCGAGUCCAUCGAGCCCAAGACUGACUCGAAGCAGGUGGUGGAGUCCUACAAGUCUGGGUUCGAGCCCCCGGGAGAUGUGGAGUUUGAGGAUUACGGCCAGGCAAUGAAGAGGACGGCGUCCGAAACCAGCCUGUCCAACUCCAAAGAGGCCAAGGAGAAGCCUGCCGGCAAGAGCAAGGGCAAACUGUGGCCUUUCAUUAAGAACAAGAACAAGCUUAUGUCCCUGUUAACGUCCCCCCACCAGCCCCCACCUGCCCCCCCAGCCUCAUCCCCGCCCUCACCCUCUGCUGUUCCCAACGACCCCCAGUCUCCCAAGCAGCACAAGGAGCCCCUCUCCCACCGCCUCAACGACUUCAUGACCUCCAAACCCAAAAUGCACUGCCUCCGGAGCCUGAGGCGAGGGCAAUCCCCACGCUCGCUCAUUUGUCACAAAGAGCUUAUGAAGAGGACUCUGGGUCGACCCACAUAUGCUUUCGAAGCCAGGCAAUAUGUUCUUUCUCUCAAGCUGAUCACACUAAAUUCCCACGUCCGGAAUCUCAUUGAGGGUUCUGGACCAGAGGACUUCAGCCACCUGCCACCAGAACAGAGGAGGAAGAAGCUGCAGGGCAAGAUGGAUGAACUGAAUAAAGACAUUCAAAAAGAGAUGGACCAGAGGGACGCGCUAACUAAGAUGAAAGACGUGUACUUGAAGAACCCUCAGAUGGGAGACCCCGCCAGCGUCGACCCCCGGCUAUCAGAAAUAGGCCAGAACAUCGAGAAGCUCCAGUUUGAAGCGCAGAAAUUUGAGGGCUGGUUAGCAGAGGUGGAGGAGAAGAUGCCAUCCAAGAGUGAUACACAGCGGAGAAGUCUCUAUGAGACCCAGAACAACACAACAGUGAGCAACAACUGUGCUCAGGACAGAGAGAGGCCCUUGAGCAGCCCGGAUGGCAGCUACACAGAGGAGCAGAAUUCAGAGACUCAGGUCAAAGCCAACAUCAACCCCGUCCUCCCCACCACCUCCACGCCGGAGUUCGACGAUGAGUUUGACGAGGAGGAGACCCUGCCCACUAUCGGCACCUGCAAAGCCUUGUACCCGUUUGAAGGUCAUAACGAAGGCACCAUCUCCGUGGCGGAGGGCGAGCUGUUGUACGUCAUAGAGGAAGACAAAGGAGACGGCUGGACACGAGUGCGCAGGAACGAGGACGAGGAGGGAUACGUCCCCUCGUCCUACGUCGAGGUCUUUUUGGAAACAAAUGCCAAAGGCCAGUGGUAAAGGAAUAAAGGACUGAGAAUUAGCUGUGCUAAGCUAUAUGAUUCCUAAAAGUGUGAGGCUGGCUGAGGAAUGGCAGGGCAAGCAGCCUCGGAGAAACCACCAUAUUCCUCACGCGCUCACUGAGUCAGAGAGAGAAAGAUGACCUGAAUCUAAAAAGAGAGAGACGGCCCAUUAGAACGCAUCUCGAUUUACCAAACAUUACAAAAACUUAUCGGCGUUGCGCUUCAUCCGCAGAGCUCUGCGUUGUGAAGCGACGAUAAGAGAAAUCCAUCGAAAUUUGAGCCCUCAUAACCUUUUCCAUUCUUAACCCCCAUCCAGCAGUCACAACCACAGGGUACAAUUUGCUUUUUAUUGUUUCCAGCAAAGCUUUGCUUCUUAAUGGAACUAACUCCGCUUGCACUACGCGCGGUCAUGAACGUGGCUGUUGGCUUCCUCACUCUGACCGUCGCCGCUCCCCCCCCCCCCCGGCUAUCUUUUUCCUUACCUUUGCCCCCAUUGCACACACACGUAUGGAGGAGGGUGUGGUCAGAGACAGGACGGAGACCAGCAGGAGCCUUAUGGACAAAAGACCAGCUGGUGUGUAUGUAUGUGUGUGAGUCAGAACAGAACCACCUCAGGCUCAUCUACCUACAUCAUGGUCACCCCCGCCCCCCCCCACUCACUAACAUAUCCACAGGUUUCAGAAGAAGAAGUGAAGGUGCUAAUCAUCUGUCUGUAUGUUAUGUGCUUCUGGUUUAUGUUGUGCGUUUGUUGGAGCUGAAUGCUUAUUUUAAAGUGUUGUAACGUCUCCACACCACGAUCACCCCCCCCCCCCCCCCCCCCCACCCCCACCCCCUCAUAUCCAGGACCAGCUGGAGGGAAAGAGAUGGACGAUGGGGGUCAUUCACCAUCUUCCUCAUCCUACAAGUCUUGUCUUGUCACUGGUGUCUGUUCCUUUCUCUGACCACGCCCUCCCUCACCUCCACGGCCCUCCCCCUGCUGAGGCGGCUCAGGCUCGGCUCAGGCUAUCCCCUGGCUGCUUUGAGCCCCCUUUAUGUUGCACCAGCCCACUGGAAGGUGGGGGGGGGCCUGUCAGCGUUGUGGUGUGCUGCAUGCUUGCCCUGUCUUCCUCCUCGCCCCUCUGCUGGCAACCUGGAGUAGGUGUUGGGGGUAUGACGCCCCCUCGCCUCCAGCCUUUCUGUUCAGUUAACCCUCAUUGCCUGGUCGUACUGUCUCAAUUAACCUGAAUGCUGCCGUUUGGGUUCGGUGCCUGUGGUUCUUUUUCUUUUCUAUAUCUCUUUUCUUUUGGUAUCAGAAAGCAUGUUUUUAACAGCGAGUGAGUGAUCACUACUCCCAGUGUUCCCCGUUUAAUCUCAAAGUGAAGGACGAUAGGGACCCGAAAUGUUGUUUUCUGAUUGGUCUUAUGCAUACAGUAGGUAGGUCAUGGAUGUCUUGUGCAUUUGUUUUGACUGUAAUUACACAGUACAGUAUGUUAAAACGUUAGUAUUGUAUGUUCUGAUCAGAGUGUCUAACGCAAGUCGUUGUUAGUUUACAGUUAAUCAACAUUGUGGGAAUCACGUCUCCACUCGGUCCAAUCAAACACAAAUAAAACACCUGAUGUUUUUAGGAUGGUCCGCUUUAAACUGUCUACUGUAUAUGAAAAUAUGCUGUGAUCCAUAUUUUCCUGUGAGUUUGUGACUGAAAUGUGACCCAGAAUCACCUGUUUCUGGGCCUUAACUGGGUUUUAUGAGAGAAAGGAUGAUGCCAGCUGUGGUAUGAUGAACGGAGUAAGAUGUGAUUAUCUCAAAAGUUUUUAUAAUCAUACAAGAGAAAUUAUGUCCACUGAUACACCCCCCCACCCCACCCCCGCUCAAUGGCACAUAAUGAUUUUAACAUUUUUUUUGUUUUAUAUUUGAUGAUAUUGAGUUGAGAUUCAGCUUUGUUAUUUUUUGUUUUUUAAAGCUGGAAGUCUAUGUUGUUGUAGCUUAUUCUGCCUGAAUGGGACUAAAUUCCCUUAACUGCAAAUAUGAGUAACAAUGAAAUUGUUUUGAAUGAAGCCAUUCUUCAAUAUUCAUCUGAUGCAGCAUGUUACAAACACUUCUGAACCGGAGGAGUGAUGGACAUAUUGACCUCUUGAUGGAAGGAAUGAUCAAAUCUCUGCUGAAUCAAGCUUCAAAACUUUUGCUUUUCAACACCCAUCGCUCCAUAUGUCAAGAUAUCAAACAUUUACUUUCAAUGAUAGAUCUGAAGAGGCACAGAUCACCGCUCUGAGGGCAGCAGCAGCUUCACAGCGGCCGUCUGCCUGCAGCGAAACCACCACAAACCUUUGAGUCGAGGCCCCGGAGUAACCUGCCUGUACAGUGGAAAUGGCACGUUGGAAUUAGAGAGAAUAUAUAUGAAUAUAUAAAUAAAGUUUAAAAAGGAAAACAUCUAUUUUAACUAUUGAGAGUCUUACCAUUACUUUAUCUGCUUUGCAAAGUAAGACUUCUUUUCCUUUGUCAGGUCUACCAAAUGGUGUGUUUUUGCACUUUUUCGUUUGUGUUCCAUUUGGUAGCCCGUGCUUGUGUUCUGGAGCACUGAAUACUUUGUAUUGUGUUUACCGUGCCAAUUAAAUAUGCCUGGAAAGUU